CAUGCGUGCUUCACUCUUAUCUGAACUCCUGUAGCCUACAAGGACAACGAAGCUGUGACAACUUUUUAAACAGUUUUUUAAAUGAAAGUGUGGCUCACGACCCCUGCAUUAUACCGAGGAUUGUUGACGCUCGACAGAGAUCGGAAUACCAGAGUCCUGUUUGAAAAUAAGUGAUUAAAGGAUUUUCUGAAGCAGGAAGAUUGUGGUCGCUGGAGGACUCGAAUAACGACACACAGUGAGGAGACCAUGUGGUGGUUCCAGCAGGGUCUGUGCUUCCUGCCUGCAGCGCUGGUCGUCUGGACAGCGGCGUCCUUUGUCUUCGCUUACAUCACAGCGGUGUCACUGAGACAUGUGGAUCCUCUGGUGCCUUACAUCAGCGACACAGGAGCGAUGGCACCAGAGAGGUGUGUGUUCGGCAUAAUGCUGGAUGUGUCAGCCUUUUUAGGGAUAGCCACGGUGUACGUGCGUUACAAACAGGUGGAGGCUCUGACAGGUGAAGGCGAGUUCAAACUGAACAGACUGAACCGCUUCGGGCUGCUGCUCGGCUUGAUCAGCUCUUUUGGGAUGUGCGUGGUCGCAAACUUCCAGAAGACCACGCUGUUCUCCAUGCACCUGGUGGGGGCGGUGAUGACUUUCGGGGUCGGGGCUCUCUACAUCGUGGUUCAGACGGUGCUCUCGCUCCACAUGCAGCCUCACGUCCACAGCAGGACCACCUACCUGGUCCGGCUCGGCAUCGGUCUCUGGACCAUGAGCAGCAUCAUCAGCAUGUUCGUAUCAUCAGUCAUCAUGUACAGCAGUCUGCCGGGAGUGGACGUACCUCGCAAACUGCACUGGAUUCCUGGAGAAACGGGCUACACGGCUCACAUUAUCAGCACCGUGUCUGAAUGGUCCCUCGCCUUCUCCUUCAUCAGCUUCUUCCUUACCUACAUCAGAGAUUUCCAGAAAAUUCAUUUGCGAGCCGAAGCAGAUGUGCAGAGCAGCCACCUGUACGACAGCUGGCCACACGAUGGCGUCACAGCGUCGCAUUACAAACAUGAAGCCUCUGAGUCUUCUCCACUGCUGGCAGGAGGAACAUGACCAGCUGCAGAGCACCCGGCUGCUUUUACACCAGUUUUAACUCUUUCUAAUCAUACUCAUAGGCUUUUUAUAAAGACUCUCUUAAAGCUGGUUUGGUGGCUCGUAAA